AUGACUACUCCCACUUCAGACCUCGCUGUACCGUUUCCCAGCGUCCAGGAACCUUCAGAGUCGGAUGGGCAGUCUCCGCAGAAUGAUUCGGCGACUGAUUCCCAAGCUUCGAAGAUGACUUCUUCUGAUAAACUUACUGCUCUGCCUUCGCACCGACCGCCACCUAUCGAUACCAGCCAUCGUCUGCGAACACCAUCCCGGGCAUCCCACUUUGGGAUUACCGCAGCCCAGAGGGGCUAUCGCCGCAGCUUAGACGCCUCCACCUCCCUUCCAUCACUUUCAAACAGAGAUUUCGGUUUGCAUGCACCAGCAGACCAAGAUUACGAGUCGUGGCGCCGUCGUUCGCCUGCUCGGUCAUUUUUCAGACACCAUUCCCCUUCUGGUCACAGUUCGCCGGGGAGGGAGACGCCCAAGGCUCGAGUCUCUUCUGAGAGCGAGCCGUCCCAUCGGCAUGGGCACAAUGUCGUUCAAGCAACGAUAGCCCGUCUCUCAGGUAGCCGCGGAACAAGUGAGCCAUCAUCGAUGGCUGCAUCACCUCCCAAACGAUUGUCACCUCUCCCUGUACCCCACAAGCACCCUGAAUCGGAACCUUCAGCAGGCUACCCACACCACCGAACGGACGUCCCACCCACGCCUCCAAGGAUGCGCAGCCGGGCUGUGUCGCCGCUGCGCAUCUUCCAGCAAUGGUCGAACCACGGGCACUCGAGGAGCCACCGACGCGAGGAGCCGUUCGUCCCGAUCAACCCGUUCAAGCGGAAAGGGCAGGUCAAGGCCAGGCGGCCUGGGAUGGGCUCACGCCCGGGCACGAACAGCACCCUCGACCACGAAAGCCUCGGCGGCUCGAGCGGGCCCUACGAAUGCCAAGACGUCCUUCCGACCUCGACCAUCCAGGAGCUCAGCGAGGACGUGCUGUUCUUCGUCACCGACACCUUCCCGCGGCAGCUCUACCUCAACUUUUUGCUAAGGCUGCCGGCGAUGUAUUUUACCCGCGUGUCGAGGAUAUUUGAGGAUGCGGAGGUUAGCAAGCCGGAUAUUGAGAGGAUGAUUGAGGCGAGUUUUUGUGAUCGGGAGAGGAGCCUGAGGGAUGAGGAGGAGGGCGGAAGGGUGCACCAUGAUCAUGAUCAUGAGCAUGAGCAUGGGCGACAUCAGCGUCAGAGGUCGGGUUUUGGAGUGUUUUCGUCUCCUACUCGGACUGGAGAAGAGGCGUCGUUGCCCCGGCAGACCAUUUCGCGAGGACUACCGUUUCCGGAUGAGUGGACGCCGACUUCUGUUCCUCCUUCGCUGUUCAGGUUCAAGCAGUCUUGGGAGGCUUUCAUCGACUCUUUGUUGCGCGAGUGGAAGACGUUUAAUAUUGUGUCUGCCUUGCUAGCUUCGGCGAUUGUGAGCAUGUUCCAGGUUCCCGAGGCUGUAGAGGAUCCGAUUACGAGGACGGCUGCACUACUCUCCCUCAUCUGCGCUUUAAUGAGCCUGUCCUAUGGAUGCAUGUACAUCGUCAGGUUCGGAACGAUGAGGAGCAUGACUCGAGCUUCCAACUGGGCUGAGGAAGCGCAGAAGACCAAGACACUGAUUUGGUGGAAUGUGUGGGUUAUGUUGGCGAUGCCCGCGGUGUGGAUGGCGUGGGCCAUGCUGCUUUUCAUCACCGCGAUCAUGUCCUUCGUUUGGAGGGUGGGUUCCGACGCCGACCCUCCCCCAGGAGAACGGCCUCCCAUCCCGUUCAACACUGCUCUGGGACCCAGAAUCGCGAUCACCUUCGUCUUCGUUCUGGGAAUGGUGUACCUGUUCCUCAUUAUCAGCACUCUGAAGCGGUAUGGUGCAUCCAGAGGCAAGGCUACAGAAGCGAUCCUGCGUGCUGGCGUUGAUGAUGUCAGGAUCAGUGUGGUUGGGGAUGUAGGAGAGAGUUUGGCUGCUGUUGCUGUACCUUUGGCUCUCAAGCCCAAGGGAGAUUCUAGGAACCAUUUCAGCGGUGGAACUGAAAGGAGAGGUAGAGAGAGGCAUCGGAGUCCGUUGGUAGAAGAGUCGAAUUCGGCUCUUGGUUUGGUUGAUAUGAAGCCUCUGGCCUUGAGUAAAGUAGAAUCUACUAGUAGUUUUUAG